UGCAGCAUUGGGUGGUCGUGCCUUCCCCGAUGAUGGUCUCUGUGACCUCGUGUCGGCGCAAGCCGAUGUUCACUUUGUUCUCGGCGUUCACGGUCCAGAAGAAGACGGCAUUCCUCGUGGGCCCUACUUCCCUGCUCCACGACGCUUCUUCACCGAUGUCGGUGCGGUGUAUCCUAUCACGCGAAAAAGAACGGCUUUUGAAUCCCAUGCUAGUUUCAGGCAGAGUGCACGUGCAGGCAAAAUGAUGAGUCUGUGACAGGUUUGGAACCUCGCGAGCGGUUAAGACAGAUAUAUGUUCCAUGCCGUUGCGCUAAGGCUUGUGCGUUUGAGUGAUUUUUUUUUUGCAGCUGUAGUUGUUGUUUUAUCGCAAAAGCGAAGAUGUCUCAACUUCGAGUACAGCGGACGCGCUAGCUGCGUCUACACUCGAGACAAGAAACACAAUACGCUGCCAUUCGAAUGAAUUGAGAUGCGACUUAGAGCACACAAGAAAGAAGGAGAAAAAAAAAAUUCUGCCCGGACGUAAGCAAUAAUUGUUUUUUUUCGUGUCAUAAGUUAACAUGCGAUGAUCCAGAAGGUCCUACAGGGUAGAACAAUUUCUCGCUUGGACGUUGCCGACGCCCUGGGGGUAUUAAGGGUAAAUAUGUCUGGGUGGUCUGGGGCGCUUCGGGGUUUGUGAUUUUGGUGCAGCUUUCGCAACGUGACAGGUUCUGAACAGAAAUGUCGUCUUUGGGAUUGCGUGGUCAAAGGUGUGUGCUGACCUUCGCUGCCUUUAAUGCGAUAAAGAUUUUUGUAUAUGAAGACCAGACCGAGACCAGCUACCGCUAGCGCCACAAACCCGGGCUCUACUUCUAGACCCCAACAUAUUACGAUUUGCAAUGCAUAGAGGAAUUGGCAGCAGAUGCAGACGGUACUCGGAAAAGGGGUUGCGCAGAGUGUUUAUUGCCCGCUGAGGAGUUUUUACAAUCUCAACUGUUACACUUUUUUCUCAUUUUGAUUGCAUGAAGCGUUUGUGUGGGGCUGCGGUGACGCAUUCAUUUUUUGUCACUGGUACGCAGGACAAGUUCUAAUGUCACAAAAAGCUGGAAGUCGUAGACCCUACCGCAAAAUUGUAGAUGCAAGACACAACUGGCGCCAGGUUCCGAUUAGAGUGCAAAUGCGUCACAAACUUUCAGCUUUAUGUAAUUUUUGGAUAACAGUGAGAGCUUGUAAACGCCUGACCAGGUUAUAGUGUUCGAGACUGCUUUCUAUCAGAAAAGAUCGAGGACUUCAUGCUGGUAUGCAUUGCAAGUAUGGCUGGGUCGGUAAGAUAGAAUGCAAUUGCAAGCAACCUGCAUAUACAAUUGUGCAUUGCGAAGGAGAAUGUGAAUCUGUGAUGCGCGAAGUGGGCUAUGACAAUGAUUUCUGUAUAGUGUGUUCCGCAAAAAUGCGGUUUCUCCAACUCGUUGCGCAGGUUUCGUUGAAGUCUUCGGAUACCGGAGGCCAUUUCGCAUAGCGAACGUGGCGUUUUUGCCAGUUUCCCGACCCAGACAUAUUUGUCCUGAAUAGCCGGAGACUUUGCGCGCCCAGUUGGAGAAAAUGCAAUUGAUGUUGUUGUAGGCAAUGCAAAGAAGUAUUGUACUCGUAGUGCUUGCACGACAAGCGCUUUCUGCGUGAAAGAUGGCGUCUGUCAUGUAGAGUCAAGGCCUUAGAAAAACAGAUUGUAAGGACCAAAUGUACGACUACAAUACUUUUGCACAGGAUAAGUUGUCGCACUUCGGCGCCGGCGUCUUUCGAUUCUACAUCGAUUCUGCAAGACCAGAACGCCUUCGCUUUCACAGAUCGCCGCAAGGGCAAAAAGUAGGUGACUGGGUGCAACAAAGGAUCACGCAGGCAAAAAGCAACGUGGAAAAUUUUUUGCGUUUAGGCGUAUCCGUUGGCACCAUGGCCAACCUGGAAGACCUACCGCUUGAAUCCAGGACAGCCGAAGUUCGAGUGUUCCUGGAGGCAGCAAGUUUUAGGAAAAUGCAGCCAAAAAGGCUUUUCACGCAGGCUGCAAAUGGGAGUGCGACCAAUGGUGUCUAUGCAAGGCGAAACCGAAUGCAUCAUCGUACAAGUAAAAAUUGCAGCACAUACAUUUUUUCAUGAGUGUGCUCAAAAUAAAAGACGUCGCAGUUUGUCAUGCAAUGUUUUUCAGGUACUAAGUAGAAGUGCAAAUGUGUCAUGCACGAAGCUUGCAAUUUUUACGAGCACGAUAUUCAUAUUUUUCGGAGCAUACUGUUUAUAUACGCUCUCGGGAAUUCGCAAAUAGUGACAUUGCACAAAUGGACUUCGGAACGUAUUUCGGCGAGCUCAUGGGUAGUCGACCUGGUGGUGCCUUGCUCUGGCUGGUCGACCAGUGGAUCGAAAGCGUGACUCCAGGCAACCGAAGUCGACGUCUAGUGCUCCGAUCAGCUGCAGAAGCGCUCCGCCUUGCCGAAUAUUUGUCAGGCGAAAAACCGCCGGCGGAGCUGCAACGGCUCGCAGCAGAAGAGGUCGUGAUUAAGUGGGUACGCUGGAGUACCACUCAGGCAAGACCUUAUGUGCUACGCGAAUUUAAGGACUUGUCGAAUCGCGAUCGAGAAUUCCUGUCUCAGUAUUUUCGAGCCGCCCUGGAAACAGGAGGAGGUGGCGAACACUUUAUUGGACGCUUUGCAAGACAACAGCAUCGCACUCGUGAAAAUUGCACCGCAUACAAUUUUUUCUCAAAAUCCGCUUGCCAGAAUGAAAAAACGCAUUUGUCAUUAUGGUAAUGUAAUUGUAAUUCUGCAGCUAGGAAUAGGGAACCGAUACCGGAAUCCACAUUUUGCAUGCAUUGUUGCAAUGGACACGGGGGCGAUACCAUUUUUUCGAAGGAUACUAUUCUGCCACGAGAUCUGGCCGCGAAGCUGGAGCGUCUCGUCUAUCCAAGUCUGGACGGGAGGCUCCGCCGGCUUGUAGAAGAGUGGAUCGAAAGCGUGGUGCUGCCCUACAACGAACGCCGGACAGAAGGACGUCUAGUACUCCAAUCGGCCGAAGAGGCGCUUCGCUUUGUCACAUACUUAUCGAGAUUCACUGGGGGC